AUGGAAGCUACCUUGACAACUACUGCAGAGGCCUCUCGAUCAGAUGCUAUUCCCAAUAACACUUCUGCGCGCCGUACAUCCUCGCGCCAUUCCAACUUCUUUAACCCCAUUCGCCUGCCAUCCGUAUCCCCGCCUCAACAUCAACCCGAAAAGCCGUUCAGCGCUCAGAAUCGACGGCUUCAAUUGCGGAACGCGGGUUUUCGUGGUGCUUUGGUCACUUCACGAAAAGUAAGCCCCCCUUUCACGGGCUGGAGAUCGAGAUCGGUUUCAGGAGAGCCUGACCAGCAUCUACGCAAAGAACAUUGUGAUACUGGAGGUAUGCAACCAAACCCUAGCCUUCUGAUAACAACAUCACAAACGCGCCGGUCGAGCAUUCUUCAAGAAAUUAAUAACACUACACGGAGACGCUCUAGCCCUCCGCGAUCGUCAGUUGCUUCUUUAUUCCAGGAUCUGCCCUCGCCAGAUCCGUCAUCCGAUGAAUGUCCCGUAUACUCCUUGUCAAACCGCAAAGGGCAAUUAGCACGUCCAAUUGAUUUGGAAUUUUUUGACUAUAGUGAUUCACCUUUGACAUCGAAGUCGAGAGGGUCUUCUGCUUUCUGGAGAUCUCCCUUCAGCACCCUGAGCCGCCCAAAAAGACGAUUAAACAUGACCAGCAGGAAUGCAGACCUUGACCUUUCCAAAUACGUAGAGUACCUGGAAGCACAGCUUGCUGCCUUGUUAGAUCAGGCCGAAUCGAUGGACUCUUCUGCGACGAAUGUUCAGGCAUCUAAGUUCAGAGCCCUCAAUGCGGAAUAUAAAUCUCUGAAACAAGAACUUCUAGACUGGGAGACAAAAUUCGAGGCCCGAGUGAAGGAUGAAAUAUGCAACACGAUCGAGAAGGAGCCAGAGCUUCGUUCCAAAAUCCGAGCCUUGGAACGGGAGAUUGAAAUCAAAGAUCACAAGAACCGCGAGCACGAAUGGGAAAUUGAAAUGGCAACACGAAAACUACAAAACAUGGACGCGGUUAAUUUGACAAACCAAUUCCUAGAGCGGAGGAUCGAUGUAUUGACGGAGUUACUAGCUCAAUCUUCAGUAAGAAUAGAGUCAUCUCCUGAUUUGAAUUGUACCCUUGAGGCUUCUUCCCCCCAGGUCGGUGAGCACCGAACCCCAAGACCUCGAUCCAUAUUCUCCAAAAUCCCCUUGUCUCCCAUCCGAAGAUCACACUUUCAACACGCAUCAGUGCCUGAAUCGAAUCCCUCACCCGAUUCCUCUUCUCAAGCCGAUCAACCAAGGGAUCGGAUACAUACUUUGUCAACGAAGGGAGAUGGACAGGCAGACGACGUUGAAAUGUCUCUCGAUUCUGGAUUAGGAGACUCAUGCUCCUCUCCGUCUACUCAUGCGCAGGAAUCGAAACGUUCUUCUAUGAUUUCACAUUCCUCGUCAAACUCAUCCUCUUGGGGGACUUCAUUUCCCCUAUCACCCGAUGUUCAAGCGAGAUUCUCGGGCCGUCAAAGGAAGAUGAGGCGUUUCCCUCCCGGCUCUUGCACACUGAAACCACUUAUACUUCCUGCUGCUUCUCCAUAUGUACCUGCUGGCCAAGUACGCAACUAUUCUUUUUCCCGGGACCCAAUUUCUCCUUUUCAUUUACGCUCUGCACGCGAUCAUGAAACCUCCAGCUCAACUUGGAUGGAACCCGAUACCCUAAGUACAUUAGAAGUGAACUCCCAUCCAUGUCAAUCAUUUGAUGACGUUAUCAACAAUCAUAGAAUUUUGAUGGGGAUGUCACCUCUUGAAUCCGACCUGGUUGAUCCUUCAACUGUAGAGUCAUCCCGCAUAUUUUUUGAUGACGUUCACUCAAGCACCCAAAUGGAACCGCCAUCGUAUGGUAUUCUGGGUCAGGACGAUUCAUCUAAAAGAACCUCAUACCAAACACCGGAAAAGUUCCCCCCUGAAACGUCUUAUAGUUCAUCUACUCGCUUCAGAUCCCAGACACGUCGUAAGAUAGACCGGGAAAUUACGCCCAUGAUGACACUAGAUUCGAGGGUAGCAAGGCUUCGCAAGAUGUAUCCGAAAACAUGCACCCAUACGCCUUCUGUUGAUGACAAGUGGGACACCUUCCAUUACAUCUGGGGAUCUGUUCCUAGCACAGCAACUCUAAUUAGAGGGAUUAUUGCCAAUGCAUGGCACACACAUUGGAAAAAGUUAGGGAAGUUGUCAUGGUGGGUUCUAGGUCUUUUCCUUGGUGGCCAACCGAGAAAUCAAUGGCUCAAAACCAGACACCAGAGUCAACUCAACGGCAGCAACCACAGUGAAGCUCUCGGGUACCAUGAUCCGGCGAACUCCUCUUACUUUGUAACUCGUUCCAUUACUCCAUUUGUGGAUGAUACACCAACCAAACGCGUCAUCAAUUCUCACUCCUCUGAUACGUCUAUGUUGGCAACUCCCGAAGACCUACGCGCGAACGAACAUCUCUUGCCUAUUUCUCCAGAGCUGCCUCCAAAACGAUCCUUUGAAUUAUGGGCAAAAUUCUCGUUUGCAAUUGCUCUCGCUAUUGGAUUAGCCUUGAGGGAUGGGCCUGCGUCAUUGAUGGAUGAGUGUCUAUUGAGAGGGUACUGUAUUGCCGAAUCUACAAGACGCCCAUUGACAGACCCAAGUCCCAGCCAGGCGUCAGAAUGUAUACCACGGAUGUCCCCGCCACCAGGUCCUAUAAACUAUCUUUCUGGCGAGAUUCACGUUGACGAUGAAUGA